AAGGGAAAUUUGUCGAUAUGACUUUCAUUUCAUAAUGCAUGGGUCGGCACUGUUGCUUAUAAUGCCAGAUUUUUUGAGAUAAACGUUGGAUUUCAUAACAUCCUUUCUUGCGUUAGUGUCCAAGCAAGAUGACGGAAACUUUGUGUUCCCGCUUCAUCACCUCCCUCAAAAGAUGUCUCCCCAGACUGUCACCUCCUCGAGGUAAAGACUUAGCUUUUCACAAUGUGCUGGUUAACGCUUUUGCCGUCAUGUUGAUCUACUCCGCACACUUUGGGAGUUGUGCUAUCGCGCCGAUAGUUAUAGAGUCAAUGAAAGGGGUUGGAGGGAUAGACACACAUCUCCUGUUCAGUGGAAUGGCAGUGUCCAGUGUAGCUACCGUUCUCUCUACUAGCUUCAUCUCUCCUGCUAUAGACAAACUGGGCACCAGAUUCUGUCUGAUCCUAGGAGGUAUCUUCAUCAUAACACUGCCUUCUUCCCUCUUUUACCCAAUCCCUGCUGUUUUUCUCACCUUCCAGGCAGUAAACGGAGUGGGUUGUGCUAUUCUGAGAGCCGCCUCCCUUAAAUUCCUUACGGACAACACUCCUUACGAUAAGCUAGCAGAGUAUAACGGCCUGCACUGGUCCAUCUUCAUGUCCUGCAUCUUGGUGGGGAAUACAUUGCUUUUCAUUGCUACAGGGAGUAAUGAUACCAUCGACAACGAUUUGAGGUUUCGGAUUUGCAUCUGUCUGACAACAAUUGGGACGAUUGGAGUGAUACUGUACAUAACAGCACUCAGAAGCGCAACAAAACCAGCACUGAAAACUCUUUCCUUCUAACUGACAAGGACACCUCCAACAGUGCUUCCCUAUUUGGAGUUGAAGAUUCGAAACAGAAGUCUGGUUUACAACUACAAGAGUCCAGACCUCAGAAAGGAAAGUUAUUCCAGUCAGCGAUGCUGCAGCCACUGGCCAGUUCUCCAAUCAAAGGUCAGGACAGAUAUUCAGUAAGCGGGGAGUGGGCAGGUGAGAUCAAGCCACCAUCAGUUGACGAGGAAUAUCUAACCAGAGAGUCCGAAAAAGUUGGGUUCUGGGACUCCACUAAACAUCUGUUGCAAUGGAGCACGAUUAACUUGGUGGUGGCAAUGUGGAGCUGUGCUGUAUUCCCCGCUCUAUUCACCACUCUAGGGCCCAUGUUUAUUGGAAGACUCCUCCAGGAUAAACGGUACGUGGCCCUGUUUGGGAUCUGUGCGGGUGUAGGAGAGAUUGGAGGGUCUCUGAUCGCAGGCAAAGUGGUCUCCAGGUUUGGAAUCAAGAAGUCAGCAGUGCUGAUAGCAGUAAUCGCCGGCUUAUCUCUAUUGUUAUCAGCUGUGGCGUUCCCUCUGAAACCUGCUCAAGCCCCCUCUUCUCCCUCCCUCUCCAGCUCUCUUUCUCUUUCUGGGAAUUUGUCUGGGAAUUGGGGAUUCCUCAACCGGGGUUAUCCUAUCCACUUUGAUAGGCCGAGUUUACAAAGAGAUGUCUCAGGCAGGGUAUGCCUUGUAUUCUUUGGUAUUCAACGUAGCAUGCACAACACUCUACUUGAUCAGUAGUUACUGUGGGUUUGAGGUUGUGGUAUGGGUAAUGGUGUCUAUUGUGUGCUCUACUUUGCUUUCCAUCCUCCUGAUGAGGAAAGGUAACAUUGCGGCCGAGGAGAAGAACAGCUGAACUACAAAUCACGACUCGUAACGAUGACAUCGUGCAAACUCAAAAGCGGCUAUAGAGACUUUAAAAGUCAAAACUUAUCAUUGCAUUUCCGAUGGAUAAUAUAAAUUUGGUAUCCUUUGUAUCAAAAUUUUUGGUAUCAUUUUUAACAUUUUUGUGUCGAUUAUUAAAACAAUUAUUUAAU